CUCACGAAAACAAAAUAUCUUUGAUGAGCAACCUUCACAAGAGCAAGAUAAUAAAGGAGAGAAUGUGAAUAAGGGUAAGGAAACAAAAACUUCAUUACAAGAACAAGCAAAAACUAGAGAAGAGGAUGAGAUUGCACGACAUACAGUUCGUGCGAAAUUGUAUUGUAUGUAA